AGUUUGCAAAAAAAGAAUAUCUGUAGAAUUUUAUAUAUUUUUAGUGAAUUGGUGGAGAUUUUUAGAAAAAAACCAUAAUACAGCCUGCAAUAGCAAAUAUUUAAGUAAUAUUUAAUAAAAUUACUGCAGGCUUAAUGUAAGAUUAGCAUAAAACUUGAAGAAUUUAGAAAAAAUUAAACAAAGUUUUUUUAUAACAACGCGUCAUGGCAGGCAUGAAUAAUUAUUCAACUUUAAUGUAUGCCACCAAUCAGAGACAUGUAAAUGCCGAAGAUGAAACAGACAAUUUAGAAACCCGGCCGGUGAGACCACGUAAUAUAUUUACUACUUCAACACCAGCAGAUCCCUCGACUUUGCCACCUUUAAAUAUACCCAUACAAAGAUCACCACAAAUGCAAUUUCAAACCAGCGAUGAGGAAUAUCACGUAUAUUUGGAAAGUUUAAGAGGUAUCCAUGAUGGCAUGGCUGGUGGCAUGAAAACUGUCAAUUCUGAAAGAGAUUUAUCGUUGCCUUUAGAUAAGCAUAGAGUUUUAGAAAAUUACUAUGAAAGUCAAGAAGAUGUAGAAGAUCCUGAGAAGCUAAAUAUGAGUUCUUUAGGCUAUAGCGAUGAAAAACAAAUCUCAAUACGUAAAUAUUUGGGUAUUGGUGUACAAUGGGUUAGCUUGGUAACGGAAAAUUUACUCAGUCAUCCCUUUAUUGUAUUGAGGCGUCAAUGUCAAGUAUACAAUGCCUCCCAAAGAUAUCAUUUGCAUCCUUUUGCUUUAAUACCCUCCAUAAUACAUCUGCAUAGACGCCAGGGUGUUACCACAUUAUGGAAAGGUUUAGGCAGUUGUUUGUUGGUAAGAGGCAUGUCUAUGGCCAUGGAUGAUAUUUUAUCGAAAUUAACCACUUGGCCCAAGGAAGUGGAUAAUCGCACUUCGUUGAAAAGAUUUGGUCAACAUAUUAUACUAAAAAGCAUCAGCAUUGCCUUGGUAAUGCCAUUUUAUGCCGCCUCUUUGGUAGAGAGUGUGCAAAGUGAUAUAGCUAGCGAAAAGCCGGGUCUAUUUGAUGUUUUCCGCGAGGGUAGUCUACGUUUGUUAUACUGGAAAUAUCCCCAAAAAGGACGCAUGCUGCCAGUAUGGGCUUUAAUUGGUCCCACUGUAUCUGUGGGCAUAACAAAAUAUUUAUUUAGCUUGGUUAUCAAGGGUUUAUCCUCACGCAUAAUGCGUCGUCGCAUACAACAUGCCCAGGAGCGCAAAGGUGCCAAGUUUAAGGAUGACUCCUUGGAAAAUCAAAACGUAGAAGUCUAUUCGAAUCUUAUAUCCAUGCUGACUACCGAAGUUUUUUUCUAUCCCUUGGAAACUAUAUUACAUCGCAUACAAUUGCAGGGUACACGUACCAUUAUAGAUAAUUUGGAUAAUGGUUAUGCGGUGGUGCCCAUCUUAACCAACUAUCAGGGAGCCAUAGAUUGCUAUCGCACCACAGUGGCCGCCGAGGGUUUCUCGGGUCUUUAUAAGGGUUUUGGUGCCAUCGUAUUACAAUUUGCUGCCCACAUUGCAGUGAUUAAGCUCACAAAAUGGAUUGUUACUCAAAUAACGGAAGUUAUAUCAAAUCGUCCUCCUCCCAAAGUAGUUCAAUAUUAUAAUUUAGAUCGUGGCAUGAUUUCAAACUCAACAACGAUAUCGCCCAGCCUAAGUUCGGCCAGUGAUUUAGAUGCCAAUAGUGUGGGCAAUCGUUCGGUGGAUUAAAAUCACAAUUGUGCAUAAUAUUUAAAAAGCGUUUAAACAAAAUUUUUGUAAAUGGCUUAGUUUUACUAACUAUAUACUUUCAUGCUCUCUUGAAGUUGUUUUUUAAAUCUGUGUAUAACUGAACUAAACACAUUUGCAGUAAUACUUAUAUCUACGAGUUUUCUAUAGUAAUUGAACAAACAAAAAAAAAAUAUUGAGUUGUACUGUGAUACUUCCGUUACACAUUUUAAAUCCCUCCCUCCCUGUAUUUAUGAUGAAGCUUAAAUAAUUUUUUUUUUUAAAGUUUAACAUAUUUUGGCCAAAACUAUUAUUAAAAUUCUUAAAAAAAAUCGAAUAAAAUUAAAAACUUAUUUAUUUCACCAAAUAAAAAUCUAUGUAUUAAAUUAGAAAAUGAUAAUCGAAACUAAUAAAUGUAAAUUAAUACAGAACAAAAAUAAAAAAA